CCGCGCAGGUAGUGUUGUGCGUUCAAAUUUAAUUUUGGAACUCCCAACAAUGUGCGGAUGGCAGUCGGUGCCUAUAUUUCUUGUGCUUCUCGUCCUGAAGAGUCACACCCGGGAAAUUAAUCAGCUGGAUAUCGUGAAUAACCAUGUAUCGAGGGGUAACAGAUCUCAACGAUUUCUUUUCGACGCCAUCUUCGGGUUAGAAGUUCCGAUUCUAGGAGAACAAUCCGUAGAAGAUGACGAAGAAGAGUAUAGUGGUGCCAGAAAUUGCUCAUGCGAAUGUGGCAGAGCGAAUCUUCUUCCUAGAAAACUCACAAAAGUCAAGAAAAACUGCGGCGGGCCGGAUCAGGAGAACAGAAUCGUGGGCGGUCUACCGGCGGGGCUGAACCGGUACCCGUGGAUGGCGAGGCUGGUGUACGACGGCCAGUUCCACUGCGGAGCGUCGCUCCUGUCCAAGGAGUAUGUGCUCACCGCCGCGCAUUGUGUACGGAAGCUCAAACGAUCAAAAAUCCGCGUGAUACUCGGCGACCACGACCAGACGUUGACCACGGAGAGCGCGGCCAUCAUGCGCGCCGUGACGUCCAUCGUGCGACACCGCAGCUUCGACGCCGACUCCUACAACAACGACAUCGCGCUCCUCAAGCUGAGGAAGCCGGUAUCUUUCUCCAAGAUCAUCAAGCCCGUGUGUCUGCCGCCUGCCAGUAUAGAACCAGCUGGCAAGGAGGGUAUCGUGGUGGGCUGGGGCCGGACCUCCGAGGGCGGGCAGCUGCCGGCGGUGGUGCAGGAGGUGCGAGUGCCCAUCCUGUCCCUGACUCAGUGUCGCGGCAUGAAGUAUCGCGCGUCGCGGAUCACCAACAACAUGCUUUGUGCGGGUCGAGCGUCGACAGACUCCUGCCAAGGUGACAGUGGUGGGCCGCUGCUCAUACAGCAGGGAGAUAGAUAUCAGAUUGUAGGCAUAGUAUCAUGGGGUGUGGGCUGCGGUCGGCCGGGCUACCCCGGCGUGUACACGCGCAUCACCCGCUACCUCCCCUGGAUCAACGCCAACUUGCGAGACUCCUGCUUGUGCGCCAACUGAAUUUCGCUAUUGGUUUAUACUUUAAAUACAAU